AUGGAAGACGUUUUACUCAAAUUAAUGCAACCAAACAGUUUCCGGCAUUUUGAUGUUGCCAUUUACAAUUGUGAAUUGUCCAAAUUACGCAAGCACUGGUUAUUUUAUGAUUUUAUCAACGCCAACAACAUGAGUGGAUCUUAUGACAAUUCGCUCUUCACUGUACAUAAAAAGCAAAGGCUUGAUGAUUUCAGCAGCGGCCAAGAUGACUUGUCACAAACGUGGAAGAGGGUGACGAGAAUAAGGAUUGAUUCCUUGAACAUUGACCACCUUAAUACGGGACUUUCUGGACCAUUUGGAUGGAUUACUAGUGGAAGAGUUGACAUGUUUGGUGACAUAAUGUUACCUCAAGACAACAAAGACAUCAAUAUGAGCGAACUUGUUGGGAUCAUCGCGGAGCUGAUCAAAAAGGAAGCCACCCGGUAUAGGAAUCCUGAGGUUAAACCAAGACCAGACCAUCAUCUGAAGCUCUCGCAAGAUUAUGACGAUAUACAAAAAUUCUUUGUGUUGGAUUUGACCAUAAGACUCAAUAACGUGCGGGCAAAGGUACCGUUCCAAACGCCUGAACUUUCCUAUAUCAACUAUGCAUUGAUACGACCCAUCGUGGCCUACAUCAAUUCAAAGAAUACUCUGAUUGAAGUCAAGAGCCGAGUGGUGAAAAACAUUGACGAUUUCGAAGGAUCUUGGACAGUUUACGAUUCACUUUUGAUGGACGAUAUCUCGGAAGAAGUAUACGACAGUUUUGUCGACUAUGUUGCCGACGAAGAGGCCCGGCUCAUGAGGAUGAGGAAAGUUGGGUUCUGGUCAAUCCAACUUCUUUUCCAGCUUAUCGUGUUUGGUCUCGGUGCCAUUGCUUGA